AUGCUAUCUGGCUUGCUUCUCGAAGACGCUAUUCUAUACAAUGCCACCAAGAAGGUCAACAAUGCACCCGACAAGGUCUUCUUCAGUGGCAUGCUAGCAGGCUUCUGGGUUGGCAUCGGUGGACUAGCAGCCGUCAGCGCGGCGGGCGGCAUCCCCGAAAGUGUGCGGCAUGACUGGCUCUCGUUGCCCAAGUUCCUCAUGGGCGCCUUCUUCGCAUUCGCUCUGCACUUUAUUGCCCUGUUCGGAGGAGAUCUCUUCACGGGCAACACCAUGGUCCUGGCAGUCGGAUGGUACAACAAGGUCGUCCCGCUUCGACGAAUCCUAGUCAAUUGGCUCCUUGUAUAUCUCGGAAACUGGGCGGGCUGUCUGCUCACUGCAUACUUCUUCGGCUACCUGACAGACUUGUUCGACUAUCCCCAAUAUCGCAGCUACCUGAACGAAGUCGUUGUCGCAAAGCUGGAACAUCCAAACUGGGGCCAAAUAUUCCUUCGAGCCAUCCCAGCCAACACGAUGGUGUGCAUGGCCGUCGUCCUAGGCCUCUCAGCACGCGAUGCCGCCGGCAAAAUCCUCGCACUAUGGUUCCCCGUCGUCAUGUUCGUCCUCUGCUCGUUCGAGCACUGCGUCGCCAACAUGUUUUUCACUUCUCUCGGCCUCAUGUACGGCGCCCACUCCACCAUCGGCCGACAAUGGUACAACCAAUCCGCCGCCGUGCUCGGCAACAUCAUCGGCGGCGCCAUCUUCAUCGGCCUCAUGGAGCACCUCCUCAACCACUGGCGCUCGCCCAUCUUCCGCUCCCACCACCCCCACUCCGGCACCCUCGUGGGUCACGACGUCGAGAGCACCAGGAGGGCCCGCGACUUCAUCGUCGGCCUCGCGAGCCACAACCACAGCAAGCCGGCCGUGCAUGUGAACGCCCAGGAGGCGCCGGAUUCAAGGGAUAUCAGCCAGGAGGUGUCGGAUGCUGAGGGGCAGCCUGAGGCGAGGGAGGAGCGGGCUAAUGCGGCGCAGAGAGACGGUGCGGCCGCCGCGAAGCCGAAGAGGGGGUCGCCGCUUUGGCGCAUUAUAAGCCGACGAGCGGAGGAUGAGAAGGAUGCAGCGGAUAAUGUUUAG